CUCUCUUCCUUUCUCUCGCUCUCUUUCAGUUACAUACAGUGAGCUCACCAUAACUUCAUAGAUUAUAUGACUUUAUAGAUUAUAACAGUUACAAGGUUGCCACAGCACUGAAAAGAGAUCUUUUUUUAUAGAAAUAACAAUAAAACAAGUAACUAAAUAAACCAUCACCCAAACAAACAAUCACUCAGUCAAUCUGCUAAAGUAGGAAUGAACAACCUAUUGGUGUCAGACAUCCACAAGUAAGGAUGGAUGGUGUAUCACAGCAGGAUGUCCAAAAGUACCGUGAAGAUGGUUACCUGGUGCUGGAGGGGUUCUUCAGCCCAGAGGAGUGUGAUGUGCUGAGAGAACGGAUGAGUGAAAUAGUGGAACAGAUGGAUGUUCCAGUUCACUGCCGCACUCAAUUUUCUACUGAUCACGACGAGCAGCUGAAGACCCAGAUGCAGGGAAAUGCAGAUUACUUUAUCACAAGCGGGGACAAGGUCUGCUUUUUCUUCGAAAAAGGUGUCUUCAACGAAAACGGGGAGUUUACUGUCCCAAAGGAACGCUCACUGAACAAAAUCGGACAUGCUCUCCAUGCCCAUGAGCCUGUAUUUAAAUCCAUCACACACUCUCCUAAAGUUCAGAACUUGGCCAAAAAACUGGGGCUGAUAAAACCUGUUGUUUUACAGAGCAUGUAUAUUUUUAAGCAACCAUGCAUUGGUGGAGAAGUGACACCUCAUCAGGAUGCCACCUUCCUGUACACGGAGCCUUUGGGGAAAGUGAUGGGGGUGUGGAUCGCUCUAGAAGAUGCAACCCUUGACAAUGGCUGCCUGUGGUUCAUACCAGGCUCGCACAGGAAUGGAAUCACCAGGCGGAUGGUUCGAACCCCAAAAGGCUCAUUUCCUCUAACUGAUUUUAUUGGACGAGAACAAAAUUACCGUGACGAUCUCUUCGUAGCAGCACCUGUCAAGAAAGGUGGUGUGGUUCUAAUCCAUGGCGAAGUGCUCCACCGGAGCGCUGAGAACACCUCAGACGCAUCCCGCAAUGUUUACGCCUUCCACAUCAUGGACUCUGAGAACACCUGCUGGAGCUCUGAGAACUGGCUACAGCCAACUGAGGAGCUUCCCUUCCCAUCUCUCUACACCUAAAACUGCCUGCUUCACUGUAUCCACCCUGUUAAUGACAAGUCUCAUUAACUGUUUUUAUGUUAAAACCUUCUUGUCAAUUCAGAGUGAUGUUAUUUUUAACAACUUAGAUAUGUGACUUGAAAAUGAACAUAUAUUGUAAAAUAUCACUUUUAAUAUGCAACUCAAUCAUUUUUAAACAUUGUACUCACCAUGUACAUAGGAUUUUAAAUGAUGUCCAUGGAGAUGAUAUUGAAUUAUAAUAUUUUAGAAACUAUGCCCAUAUUUGCAUGCACAAAAAAUCCCCAGACCAUUUUCUUAGACAUACACCUGAAUGAUUGUAUAGUAAUUGUGCAUGAUGUUAAUGAAGAAUAAACCUAUAUUGACUUUAUUUAGACUUUGUAUAUGUAAUAAACCUGAUUAAAAGGGCAUUUUUAUUUUUAAUAAAGUGAUAUUAUGAA